AGACGAGUCCGACGGUGUGUCACGUUAAAACGGUAAUGGACAGGAAUAAAAAGGAAAAAACUAAAAUUCAAGAAGGAUGUAAUCUAUCCAGUCUUGGAUAUGGUCAGACCGAACCGGUGGAUUGGACGUGUGUACAAUUACCGAAGAAACAGGAUUUGUUUCAGGAGUUCUAUAGAAGAAUCCUGAAUAAUAUAAACACCGAUUGUAUUGUCCAUAUCGGCAAUGAAGAGUUCCAUUGUCAUCGCAUAGUACUUGAAAUUUAUUCGUCAUUAUUUAGCAAGAAUCCACAACGGGAAAUUGAAUUACCUAUUAGUAAUGUGAAGCCAACAGCCUUCCAAAUAAUUUACGAGUGGAUGACCGUAAGCGGCUUAGAGAGCAAUAAGCUGCUGAAGAGGGAAAAUGUUCUUGAUUUAUUUUCCGGAAGUCAAUAUCUUGGAGUUAAAGAUUUAGAAGAUCAAUGCUGGGCUUUUAUUGCAAAUGAUAAUAUUUUUAAUGAAGAUUCAGCGUUUGUUUUAUAUAGAGGAGCGAGAGUACAGCAUUUGACUCCCGUAAUGGAACUUAUGGUACCUCGAGUAAAGAGAUUCUUUCUGCCUCUAGUAGCUUCUAGCGAUUUUCUUGAUCUGACACCAGAGGAACUCAUGACUUUUUUGAAGUCCAACCAUAUUUGUGUUGCAAGUGAAAUAGAGGUUUUGAUGGCUGGUGUGAGGUGGUUGUACGGAGACUGGACCUCUCGAAAGCGUUUCGCAACAGACGUCAUGAGAUGUGUCCGCUUCGGUUUGAUAUCUCCAUGGCAACUUGUGGAUAUUAAACGGAACCCUGACAAUGCGGAGAUACUAGAGAUUGUUAAUGAACCAGACGUUCAGCAGAUGGUUGAUGAUGGUUUGGCUUACGUGAUUAUAAAAUAUUGGUAUGGAAACAAUUCAAAGAAUUACUACCAUUGGAUCGAUGUUCUUGGUUUAUCCGAACCAGUCGAGAGGAAUUGGAUAGGAGAGGAAAAGAAUCAUGUAACAUACAUUGAGUUUUUGAAAUAUCUAGAGCAGUUUAUGGUGCCAAAGGAACAGAUGUACAAGCAGAUGGCCAUGAUGCAACCACCUCGAAGAAAUGAUGACGCACCUGGCAGUUUUCGAGGAAAAGAUCAAGACAAAAUGGAGAUGCGCAGACCCAAAAUGGAUUUCCCUACGCCGGCUGUGUUGAUGGGGCUGACUGAUACUGAGAAAUUUCCAACGAUGAGUAAAUUCUUUGGAAACCAAGCAAAGAAAAGUCCUACACAGUCCUUCGAUAGACCACCAAUGGAUGUACUAAGAAAUCAUGAAACAAGAAACAUCCCAGAAAUGGAAAGGAAACAAACACAAUCCAUGAAUGCCCAGCCCAAAAUACAACAACACUUUUUGUACCGUAAGCAACCGAACACAGAUCAUCAAGUUAACCUCUGCAAUUUUGAACCACAAAUAGCCAACAACGUGCAUGAACCACCAGAGAAAGACUCAACCGAGGAAUUGGUGUCUUCGACCAGCGAGACAAGUGAGACUCCAGGAACGAGCGCAACAGUAACUGAUACAAGACGGGGUAGUCAGAAGCGGCAUAGCGUUGCAGCAUGCUAUUUAGCUGCUGCCACUGCGGCUCUAUCCGGGAACAGGAGAGACUCUCAGUCAGUAGAUCAACGGCCACAGGCCAGCAAUGUGUCCCGACCUGAUGCUGUCAACCGAAUUAAUUCAGUUCAGAUCAUCUCCAGCCCACAGGCGUCACUUUUUAAUCAAUCAAAGGAAUCCCUUGCUAAAGCUAAUAUGAACAAGCUAUCCACAUCUAUUUUGGGCCCGUCAAACAAGAACUAUAUAGUAGAUGGUUCGUUAUUCAACUGGGAUCGUGAGACAGUUCUGGUAUUUGGUGGAAUUGACCCCCAUACUCCAUAUGGUGUGGCCGGAAAUACUGGAAAAGAUAUAUACAGGUUUGAUCCCGUAACAAACACUUGGGAAAGUGUUGGGGAACUUCCUGAACCCAGACAUCAUCAUUCUGUGGCCUUUCUUCGAGGAAGAGUAUUCCUAGUCGGUGGUGCGGAUCCACGUGAAGAUGACUUGCGUGGAAAGUCGGUUGUGGUGUCAACUGUAUGGAGUUAUGAGCCGGUGACCCGGUCAUGGUUCAGCGAAUCUGGUCUUGCGAUACCGAGGAAGAAUUUUGGGCUGGUGGUUCAUAAAAUGGCGCUUUACGCUAUUGGAGGGCAGGAUAAAAAGGGCAGAGUAUUAAGAUCAGUGGAAAGGUUUGAUCCGAAGACAGGAUCAUGGAGUGAAGUACGGUCAAUGGGCGUGGCCAGGAUGGCCGUUGCAACUGUCAAGUACAGGGAUUAUAUUUGGGUAGCAGGUGGCAUGACUGGUGAGAAGAAACGACCUGUUUGCAAGAUCGUCGAGUGCUAUAAUUAUAAAACUAAUGAGUGGACAGAAAUUCAUAGUUUACGUUUUCCGAGAUGUUUCGCAACUUUAUUUUCUAUGAACGAUAAACUGUAUAUUAUCGGUGGAGCUGGAAAAAUAUCGGAUAAGGACAAAACACCAAGUAGCGUAGGUGCAAUAGAUGUAUGGGACUGGAAAGAGAGGCAGUGGAAACAGGAGACGGAGAUGUCUAUACCAAGACAUGGCCACGCCCUCGCCUACCUUGGCACGCAGCUGAUUAUAAUCGGAGGUGUAACAACAAUAUACAUGCGAGCGCUUAGCAAUGUUGAGUCGUUUUGCUGUGAACGCGGUGCCUGGAUUCGUGGAGUGGCAACCCUGCCUACUCCAUUGUCAGGCCAUGGAGCCGUCACUCUCCCACCGGCAUCACUUAUGUGAUGCAAAAUUUAUUUUCCAAAUUUAUAAGUUCAACGUAACGGAAAUGUAUCAUUAUAAUUUAUAUUAAUUCUGACCAAAGACUGAUUCAUAAAAAUCUAAUUGCAUUAUAACUAAGGGGAGUUGUUUCUUUCUGUCAAAUUAUUUAAAAAAUGGGAUAAAAAGAGACAAAGACUGUUUAUCUGAAGAUAUUUUCAGACUGAUUUCGUUUUUAUUAAUCAAUGUGAAUAUUACAAAAUUUUCAUCAUAUGAAUGUAUGACGUCAUUUAUAAUUGUUCCCAAAUUUACAAGUAAAUAGUUCAUCGAUUAAUUUGCAAUAAGAAAAUGCAAAAAUUUCGUAGAUAUAUAUGUAGAGAAAAUGUAUCAAUUUUAAAUAAUUUUUAUUGAUUUAAAAUUGGUGUGUAUGAAUUGUUUGUGUGACUCAGAAAUAACUGUUUGUCGAUGUGAUUUUUUUAUGGAUGUAAGUAAAACUUUUAGUUGUCUGUAAUGUAUCAUUUUAUAAAAUAAAUGGAACUGAUAAAUUGUAUUUCUGUGAUGUUUUGUGUUGUUAUUAAAAUUUAAAAGAUGUCAAUUGUUUCAUUUUUAAUACAACAUAAUUUAAAUUACAUAUUUUCGUAAAUAAAAUCGAAAUAUAAUUACACUGUUUUGAAAGUAACAAAAAUAAGCCAACAGCAUCGCUGUUUUAGCAAGCGGUUUUAGCAAAAACGUAUUCGAAAUGGUGAAAAUAAAUUAACACAAGUUUAAACAGUAUAAAAAUUUAUAAAAAAGGUAAAAAGAAUAAAAAUAAGUUAUAUAUAUUUCUAUGUUCUUAAUAGUUACAAAAAUCACUAAUUUAACA